AUGACUACUUCUAGAGAAACAUUCCUUUUUACUUCCGAAUCCGUUGGUGAAGGUCACCCAGAUAAGAUUUGUGAUCAAGUUUCCGAUGCUAUCUUGGAUGCUUGUUUAGCUGUCGACCCAUUAUCCAAAGUUGCCUGUGAAACUGCUGCCAAAACUGGUAUGAUUAUGGUUUUCGGUGAAAUCACCACCAAGGCUCAAUUGGACUACCAAAAAAUUAUCAGAGACACCAUUAAACACAUUGGUUACGAUGACUCCGAAAAAGGUUUCGAUUACAAGACCUGUAACGUUUUAGUUGCCAUUGAACAACAAUCUCCAGAUAUUGCUCAAGGUUUGCACUACGAAAAAGCUUUGGAAGAAUUGGGUGCUGGUGAUCAAGGUAUUAUGUUUGGUUACGCUACUGAUGAAACUGAUGAAAAAUUGCCAUUGACCAUUUUGUUGGCUCACAAAUUGAAUGCUGCUUUGGCUUCUGCUAGAAGAUCUGGUUCUUUGCCAUGGUUGAGACCAGAUACCAAAACCCAAGUUACUGUUGAAUACGAAAAAGACGGUGGUGCUGUUGUUCCAAAGAGAGUUGACACCAUUGUUAUCUCUACUCAACAUGCUGAAGAAAUCUCCACUGAAAACUUGAGAAAAGAAAUCAUUGAACACAUCAUCAAACAAGUUAUUCCAGAACACUUAUUGGAUGACAAAACCAUUUACCACAUUCAACCAUCCGGUAGAUUCGUCAUUGGUGGUCCACAAGGUGAUGCCGGUUUGACUGGUAGAAAGAUCAUUGUUGAUACUUACGGUGGUUGGGGUGCUCACGGUGGUGGUGCUUUCUCCGGUAAAGAUUUCUCCAAGGUCGAUAGAUCUGCUGCUUAUGCUGCUAGAUGGGUUGCUAAAUCUUUGGUCAACGCUGGUUUGGCCAGAAGAGCUUUAGUUCAAUUCUCUUAUGCCAUUGGUGUUGCUGAACCACUUUCAGUCUACGUUGACACUUACGGUACCUCCAAAUAUACCUCCGAUCAAUUGGUCGAAAUUAUCAAGAACAACUUUGACUUAAGACCAGGUGUUAUUGUCAAAGAAUUGGACUUGGCCCGUCCAAUCUACUUCAAGACUGCUUCCUACGGUCACUUCACUAACCAAGAAAACCCAUGGGAACAACCAAAGAAAUUGAAAUUUUAG